CGGCGCGGGGGCCGCGCGCGGGAUGCUGAGCCGGCUGCAGGAGCUGCGCCGCGAGGAGGAGACGCUGCUGCGGCUGAAGGCGGCGCUGAGCGACCAGCUCACCCGCCUCAAGGUGGAAGAGCUGGCUCUGCAGUCCAUGAUCAGGUCCAGGGAGGAGAAUGUGACAGUCUCUUCAUCAGCUGUUGCAGAGGAGACUCACAAAACUCUUGGGCAGAUGGACAACGAGGCUGCUAUCAAUCAAACUGAAUUACACCUAAGUCUUCAAGAUCAUGAAGAGGAGGAGGAAGAGGAGGAGGAAUCAGAUUCUUGAGAGAGAGAAGUCAGAGAUGGUUUUGAGUGCAGACUCAGGAAUUUCUUCUUCACUCAUAUCGAAUUCACCAACUGUUUUUCACUUUGUCCUGAACAUGGAUAUGAACUAUGUGAUGUUCAAGACUUUUGGAGUCUAGGGAGUUACACCUGAACACAGGAACGUCACAGUUGGCACAUCUUGACUUAGAUGUUAAAAGAAUGAGAAUUGGCUGCAGAAAUAUGUAGCAUAAUCCAUUCCACAUUUAAAACCUGAUGUAUCUUUCUACAACCUGCUAUGUGGAUGGGAGAAGUCCUUAAUUGAUUCAGACCAAUUUAACACGUACACUAAAAGCAAUAAUUCGUCUGUUGUUCUUUCCUGAUGCUGAGAAAUAAAGCCAGGCCCUGGAUGCUGCUGGCUGAAUCAAUGGUUGUAUUUUAACCUCACUUGCUUGAACUGGAAGUUUUAAGACAGGCAGUGAGAUGUGUCCAGGGUAGUCUCCAGGCUUUCCACUGCUGUGUUCUCAGUUCCAUGGAAACCUGGACCCAGGCUCCCUGGGCACAGAUACUGUGUCAACUGAAUUCUGAGGCAGCCUCUCCUUGUACCUACUGGUGCUCUGCUUAGGUACUGUCAGUCUGACUGAAACUGUAGCAUUUUCUAUUUCUGUGUCAGAGUAGCAGCCAAUUAGCCUUUUAUUUAGCCACAAAUUGUAUGGCAAGAAUUGGUCCAUGGCACUUGUAAAAAGGGACUAAUACUGUUAAAUUGGUGUAAUUUUCUUUUUCCCCCACAGUAACUUCAUAAAUCAAUGUGAGUCCACCUUCUGCUUUCAGUUGAUCUUCAGGGAGGAGGAGUUUAAGAGCUUAGUUAUAAAAUGGAAAGAGAUGUGAAGUCCCCUCCACAACUCCUUUAAUGGUACAGUAACAAGUUGGUGCUGCUCUUACUGACAAGUUUUUUCGGCUCAUGGAGUGCAGAGACCCUGUGGUGCAGCUGAGUAUUUUAUCAGUUCUUAAAGACUUGUUUUAAAGCACAGAAACCCAAACUCUGUUUAGUGGAUUAAAAACAAUAAAACUAAUAUUCUAACUCA